GACUAGUGCGUUACUCUGCAGACGAAGAGUGUACGGAUACUCCAGUGUAUCUCUGACGUAGGCAAGUAUUUCUACAAGUCCUGAACAAGUUUUAUGCAAGUUUGGUCAACAAAAGAUUAUGGAAGGAAGAAUGGUCCAAAAGUUCACAGUCAAAUGCAUACAUAUUAGCAACGUUUCAUGAAUAAACCUUGGAGAUACCACCUGAUUUAUAAAAAGCAAAGCAGGGCGCAAAAUAUUGUGCACCAUGCUCAAUGAACCUGCUUCCCCGUAUGCAUUUUGCAAAGACUUGCAGAACUUGGUCAUAGUGACACAAGAACAUAUCAUAUCACCGUUGCGUAAGGAGUUGAAGCGAAAUGAUGAGCAUUCAGAAAUUCUAUCAUUGGAGAUUCAGGAUGCUGAAAAUAAAACUUUCGAAUAUUUAGCUCAACAGAUUUCGGCUAUUUGUAAUGCUGACGAAGAUACCGCCAAUGCUAUUCUUCGUGAAUACCCGAAAUCGGAAGUGUGUUUCCGGUGUCUUGGAAUUAAUGAAGAUACAAUACAAGGUCUUCUGCGUAUUCGAGGUAUUGGGUUCUUACAGUUGUUGGAUAUGCCGGAUAGUGAAGUAAGAACGAUUCUACAAAAUUAUGGUGACUACGGGGAAGAAGUUGAUCACGUGCUUGCGGGUCUUGCGAAAAUACGCGGAAAUAUUGAUCUUAUUGAAAGUGAUCUGGCUUUUGAGGAUGAUACUAGAAAUCUUAUCAAAUUGAUUAUGCGCUUAUCUGAGGAAGAUUCUCAUGUUGGGGAGUUAGGCAAUGUCAUGUGUUCUCAAGCGAACGAAGAACCUAAAGAUUCUCGCAUACCCCCUUUAUAUGUUACUGGGCCAGAAGACUCUCCGUUUGUGAAUAAGGAAACACUUGUACAGAAUCAGUCUUUCAAAAAUACCAGGGUAGUUGUCUCUUCUCACUCAGAUCACAACACAUCUUGCGGGAGUCUUAUUGGACACUCGAACUCAGACCAUGCUAAUACAUUCAGAGCUGUAUAUGAUCCCAAUUGCAACGGUGUUAGUUCAUUUAAUUCUCCUCAUGCUUCCAGUUGUAUCACUAUCAACCACUCACAAAAUCCUGUGAUCAAAGCCAAUACUGGCAAGGCAUCUAGAAAUGAUUUCAAGACAUUUAAUCUCUUUCCAGGUAUAUCUGAUUCGAAUAUUCCUUCUGAAGUAGAUAUACACAACGGCGGUCUUUCAGUACCUUCUACUCCCAUCUCAUCUAAAAUUUCUUGUUCAACAAUCUUAUCACCUUCUAGCUUUUUUAAAGCAGGUCGUUAUACUUUGCCAAACGAAGCAAUUCCCCUAUCCCUAAGUGGUCGUCGAGUAGGGAUCCCUUCUCGAGAUCGCGAACAUCAUUCUCGGCAGUCAGGGACUCCACCACCGAAGUAUCGUUUUAAAUUCUCCUCCCCACUUCAUCGUAGCAAAUCACAUGAGUCCAACCUGGCCAACCGUAUUAUCCUAUCUGCUCUUUCCACUGCAACAUUACCCCAUCCGGAAAUAAGUGCUACGUGUAUUAGUAGACCGCAGUUACUAUUGUGCAGUGCGAUUUCCCCUGAUGCUUCCAGCGGUUUAAACAGCGACUACUUUAAUUAUUCUGACUGUAUAAAUGGCAAUAGACCAUCUCUAUCUAGUGCUCAGUACAUUACAUGUAGUAGUAGCGAUAAUGCAUCAGGCAGCAACAAGACAAUUUCAACAUUCUACUAUACUAGUUCUGUUACUGACAGUACUACGACAUUAGUCACUAAUUCACGAAGUUAUGAUCAAGGUCGGCGUGUAUCUUGUGAAUAUCGUCCGUUGAAGACUAAUGUUCAGCCUUUAAUGACUACAUCUGCAGACAGUGAUAAUUCACUAGGUGUACUUAAUGUUCCGAGUAACUCAGGUGGGACAACAUUUGUUCUCAGUGUUAGUGGAUUUAUGCAUAAGUUUGAAUUAGAAUCAAAAUUUGGUGAUUUUGUCAAAGGUACUCCAUGUGCUGUUUGCAAUAAUCGAAUGCGAUUUCGUCUUCAACAUUGUGUUUAUUGCAAAAUCAAAGUGCAUAAAGGUUGUGUUUCUCAUUCAAGACGACUUCCGUGUCCGGGAUCUGGUGGACAAAAUAGUGAUUUACAUGAAUUGAAAGGUUCACCGAAUGUGCCUCAUCGACUUCAUGCAAAUGUGUUAACAACUAGUCAAACAAAUCUCCGUCCUGCACAUUCUACUCCUGCAUUUCAGAGUUCCGAUUCGAAUAGUGCUUCAUCAUGCACAAGUUCAACUCCGGGUUCACCGUUUGUUACAGGUGCCUCAUUAGUCAGUUCAACGUUGGCUACAUCAUGUUGUACUCGUUUGGAUGGUAGUAGUGCUAUGGGUAGUGCUAGCCAAAUGAUUCCUCUCUCCUCACCUCCACCAAAAAAUUUAGGCAAUACCGGCAUAUUUAAUCAUUCAGUUGCAAGUCAUUUGUCCUCACCGGUCAGCAUGCAUUCUUAUGUUGCUGGUGGAGUUGUCAACAACACACAACAGCCCCACUCUCCUCGGCAUUCCGGUCUAUGUUUCAAUCAUUUUGAAUUUCCAAGUAUCAAUCACCCUGUAAUAGAUAGUCAUCUGACAUCGAGUAAUCAAUUGUCCAAUGGGACUUCUGAUGCAAAUGCUUUAAUUAGGUGAGUGUUCGUUUCAAGUUUCAUCCUAUCACAUUUUUCGGACUUUCUUUUCGGUUGUUAUCGUCCUAAUGUUUCACUGCAAUAGUGGGAUAAAUGCCUUUUAUUUUGUCAUAUUCUGAAUAAAAUUUUCUUUUAUGUGAAGCAUCUUCAAGGUAGUCAGAUAUGGUAAACAAAAAUCUGGGGGCUCUUCUGCUAUUGAUUCACUUGAGAUAUAGUAUUGCUGAAAUUCGAGUGCUGGAAUUUAGGGUUUUUCAAGUCAACUUGUUUCUCAUCAGCAAUAACUUCAAGCAUAAAGAGAGACACUGUAUCACUUGACGUCUGCCGACAUUAAACCAAUGAUAGACGCAUCAUAUUACUAAUGAUGGAUAAUGGCCAGGAGUGGAAUCCAGGAAGCGCGUUUCGUCCCAUUUUGGACUUGUCAGUCGGAUGUACCUACAUUACAGUGAGCGACGUUAUUCCCGCUAAGGCUCGAGUAUAAGAAAUGGCCAUCGUAAUUCGUUGGCAUUGUAGAUAAUGCUCUGGAGUUUGAAGCGAUCGUUUGCGGGUUUGAGUCUUAGUGGGAACAACAUCGUUCAUUGGUAGGUUGGUACAUCUAGCGGACAAGUCUCAAGUCCCAAAUAGGACGAAACGCGCUUUUUGGAUUUCACUGCUCUCCACCGUCCAUCACUAAUCCAAGUUUGAAAUGAUAGGCAAUAUCGAGGCAUCCACACAGAAUCCUAUAUACCAAUAGAGACCGGUCAGUUCGGUCCAAUCAGUGACAGAAUAAUGGAAGCAGCAAUAUAACAUCAUAUUGCUGCCGAGUGGUGCGAUUGACUCGACUGUAAGUCCCAAAUCUGGGCUUUAUGCUUGCUGGUACUCAUCAACAACGUGUAUUCGAAACCACGAGUAGGCUGGUAUUCCCUUGAUGACUUGAGCUUGCAUCACUCAAUGCUUUAUUCAGGACCUUAACCACUAAGCUAUUCGAUAUACGACUGACCCUCAAGUAGGGUUGAAUUAUGUAUUCCAGUCGGUCACCAAUGGGUACCCGAUGUAGCUGUCUGGUUCUUCGUGCCUAACACUGAUAGUGGUCUUUUAAUCAAGUUUUAUCACUAAUCGAAGUGACGCGACACUGCGGUGUACUGUAAUUUAGUGCUAAGUUAUGGUAGUCAGUCACGGGGGGGGGGGCAUCCUGUUAAUGAACCAACAACAGUAAUCAUCUCUUAAAAUUUUCGGCCAAAAAUCAUUUGUUUCUGGUCUGCACUAACUUCAAGUAUGAGUAGAGGCAUUGUUUCUCUUGACACCCGCCAACAUUAAGCCAACGUUAUACACAUAGAUUAUCAUUAAAGAGAAUCGGUGUAGGAUUGUUGCUCUUUCUGGAGCACCUGCUUGUAUUCUGAUCACGCAUUACUACGGAUAAAUGUUUGCUUACGCUUUACUAAUUGUAGGAAACAAACUGCACCAAAACCUAUGUGUGCCUGACCAUAAGGUUGUUAAAGAAGAGAUAGCUAAGCAUCCGUCUGAACAUGACGGCAGUUCUUAUCCUGAUAAAACGGCGUAAUAUUCAUUUUGCUGUAGUGAUAGCUGUAAAAAUAUUGAUAAUCUAGAUCCAUAUGUUAGCUAAAGCCUGCAGAUCUUCACCACCUCAUACGAACCGAUUUGUACAAGAAGACUCAUACCGGCUGGCUAGUCCACAGUUAAGAGCGAAAGAAGCUUGAAAGUGAAUUGACUGAGUUUUCGCAAUAAUCACGAGCAAUAGUGGGUAGCGAAAGCGAGAGAUACGGAGAAAGCAUCAUCAUUAGAUAAUAGCUGGUAAUGAUUUAAGUUUAUUUAGGAUACUGGUAAGAAUACGAAAUUUAGUGAAACCAUUACUGACCUCGCCUGGUUAACUAGUUUACUAGUUACUAGCCGGUCCUAAGCCCGGGUAAAGAGGGAAGGUUGGGCAUAGGGCUAGCAACCCUACCCCGUAAAACAAAUCUAACCGCUAAAGAAACUUCAAAGCACAAACAAAAUAUAAAAAAUGAAAACAAACUUAUUCCCCGCUGGAAUCGGAGAGGCGAAAUGACGCCAGUUGGUGAAAGCCUUCGGGAAGCCAAUUGGCCGAUGUGUCUUCACCUCUCUCGAUGAAAGCGAAAGUAAACGUGGGGACAUGGAAUGUCCGCACGAUGUUUGAACCCAGUAAGGCAGCCCAGAUUGCAAAGGAGAUGAGAAGGUAUAACAUCGAAGUGCUUGGGAUUUGCGAAAGCAGAUGGAAUGGGAGUGGACUCUCCAAACUGUCAACUGGAGAAUCAAUAAUCUACUCCGAUAUUGUCACCCAGACGACAACCACGAGCACACUGAGUUAUGGAGUGGCUAUCAUGAUGUCCUCAAGAGCAUCGAAGGCUCUCAUGCAGUGGGAACCAAUCUCCUCCAGGAUCAUGACAGCAAGAUUCAACUCAAAAGGAAGAAAGGUCACAAUCAUACAAUGCAACGCUAUGCACCUACAAAUAAUGCAGAGAAAGAGAAAGAGGAGGAAUUUAACAGACAACUUCAAUCAACACUGGACAAGACCACAGUUGGCGAUAUCAAAAUUCUAAUGGGUGGGGUGACAUGAAUGCCAAACUGGGAGGGGACAACACAGGAAGAGAACUAACCAUGGGUCGAGAAGCGCUCGGUGAGGUGAUGAACAUGAAUGGAGAAUUGUUUGCAGAAUUCUGUGCAUUCAACGAUUUGGUGAUUGGAGUGGGGCAGUGUGUUCAGGCACAAGGAUAUCCACAAAGCGACAUGGAUUUCACCAGAUGGACACACUAAAAAUCAAAUCGACUUUAUCUCAAUCUCAAGAAAAUGGAGACGCAGUCUACUUAACACAAGGUCAAGAAGAGGAGCAGAUGUAGGUGCAGACA